AUGUUUCUUGUUGAGAAGCUGCGUUCACAACUAUCUGAGGCAUCGACUGUUGCUGUGCACAUCGCUCUCAUUCUUGGUGUAAGUGUCUAUACGCUGUUUGGUGCAGUUACAAUGCUAACACUGGAAUCUCCAGAGAGAGUGAGAGCACAAAACAGACGAGAUGUGAAAGGAGAGGAACGAGAUGUCUUCACACGUGUCUACCUUGGUUCCGAAAUCGCCGCAAUGGAUCCAGGGGUGCACAACUGCUUGAUGUACGCUCUUGAAGAAAUAAUGGAGAAAACGAAAUGUGACGAUCAUGAGCUCGAGCAUCUAUCCAUCGCCAGUAUUGACAAUUGCUACCAAAAUUUAAACCUAUCUCCAAAUUUAGAGAUAGCUUCUGUGCCUGUCACGUCAGAAGUAAAGGAACUUGACGUUCCAACAGUGGAGCAGGAAAUUAAAGCAGACGUGGAGAAAUGGUCUUUUGGGAAUUCACUUAUCUUCGCAUUCACCGUCAUUACUACAAUUGGGUACGGCCACAUUGCGCCAGAAACAUUUUACGGCCGCUUGUUCUGUAUUGUAUAUGGGUUAAUUGGAGUUCCUUUCACUCUUCUUACUGUAGCUGAUUUGGGCAUGUUCCUCUCAGUAGUGCUCAGGAAAGCGACGAACCUUAUUUAUGAUGGGCUUCGCUCUUGCACUGGAUUCUUUUGGAAGCUACGACCUGUUAAAAGCGAUGAAAAGGAUGUCAUCUUAGUCACAGCGAGAGAAAUGAAAACAGUCGAAGAAGACACGGAGAGAGAAAAGGGUGGGCAUGACUCGAGGAAGACAGCUGAAGCAAUAGCACUUGGUCUCACCUUUGCUGUUUAUCUACUCCUUGGCGCAAAAGUUCUGUCCGUUUACGAGCCGGAAAUGGACUUCUUCAAGGCCUUCUAUUUCAACUUCGUGACGUUAACCACAAUUGGGUUGGGGGAUUUCGUCCCAAGGAGUUUCGACUACCUUUUCGUGACACUUUGUUACAUUGGCAUCGGAUUAGCGCUGACCACAAUGGCCAUUGAAAUGGCAGCAGAUCUGCUCCGCAGACUUCACUACGUUGGGCGUAAAAUGGAAAAUAUGGCAAAUGCUGUGGUUUGGUUCGGAGGAAAAAAGAUGACAAUGAAACGGCUUGUAAAAAAUCUCGGAGACCAGUUCAACAUUCCCGAAGAACAAUUGGCUCAAUUCAACUUAGACGAAUUUGUUGAAGCCGCAAUGAAAGUGGAAGCAGGCGAAAUCAAAACGUUAAGGAAGGCGGCCUCACCUGUUGUAUUCCGUGAUGACGGUGUUUUGAGCUACAGUAAGCUGCGCAAAUCCAGUGAGAGUGACAUUCGCUUUGCCGAUGAACGUUUCAGCAAAAACCGCGACUUGUUGACUCUUCAAGAAGAUACUUUUCGCACAAUGGAAACACUGCCAAUUAGUCACGGAUUAGACGCUCAAGUUCCUCGCCUAGACCUUGACUAUCCAAACUUGACCGAUUCUUCAUUGCCGACCUCCUUUGAUGAGGAGUAUAUGAAGACGAUGUCAAUGACGAAAAGAGGAACUUAG